AGGCCAUGGCCCUCCUACAUCUGAAGUUUCGUGCGAUAAAAAAAAAGAAAAGUCCAGUCUAACAUUAAACAAGUGAUCUGUUUUAUUUAUUGACUAAACUAUAUUAAUAUUCUUCUGAUCGUAUUUUCUUGGGCGUGGUUGGAAGACUUGACGAUUAUGUAAUUGUUUGAGCUUUUCAAAAGCUGAACAUUGCAAGUUAAUACUGAACAAACCAUGAACGAAAAAGACGAAGAAUUGGGAGAGUUCGAUCCCAACAUUCCAGAAGAGGGUCCCACAUCCCCUCCUCCUGGCUGGCUGGACUGUGUGACAGGUUAUGAGGAGCCUAAAGGAGAUGAUGCUGCAGAUCAGCUGUACCCCCCUCCACCUGCCUAUAACCCCCAGCCUGAGAAUGACAGGAAUGCCUCUGUUCCCAUUGUCAGGGUACCCACCGUAUCUGAGGAUAUGGCAAGAGAAGCCCUGCUCAAGUUUGUGGCCUCAAAGUGGUGCUACAGUAGCAAGCCUGCUAGGAACCUGGUCUUUAAAAACCUAAAGCCUCUCACAGUCUACAGGUACCGGUUGGAAACAUACACAGAGACUAGAUCUAGUACCUGGGAGUGUCAACCAUUUACUGGUGGCCAGGAUGUGGAUGGGCCUCAGUAUGGCAUGAGCCCGCCUCCUUGGGAUAUUCCUGUGAUAGCGCCACAGAGAUACAAAGAUGAGGUCCAGAAAAUCUGUGUGCCCCACUCCUCCGUUGUUAAGCCAUGCCACCGAUGCCACGGCUUUGGCAGAGUGCGCUGCAAACACUGUCAAGGGAAAGGAUCGAAACGCUGUACAGCUUGCCAUGGCUCCAGGUACACCAGAAACAAACGUUGCGGAAGCUGUCACGGGAGGGGCAGAAGAAGGUGCGUAUUCUGUCAUGGAAAAGGCAACAGAAAUUGCGAAUCCUGUGCUGGUAAAAAGUACCUCCUCAACUACAUCCAGCUGACUGUAACAUGGAAGAACCAUGUGUUUGAAUUCAUACCUGACCGCCUGCCAGAGUUCCCUCUUAAGAAGUUGGAAAAGGUGACCGCGGAUCCGUUCUUUGUGGAUGAAAACCUCCUGGUGUACCCCAUUGUGGGUUUUCCUGAUCAGGACAUCUGUGAACAGUCCAGGAUAGCAACCCAGGAACACUUCAGCAAAUUCUCCUCUGUCAGCCGGAUUCUACAGCAGCGUCAAAGCAUUGAACUGGUGCCCCUGACUCAUGCAUUCUAUGCAUACGACGGAAAAGACUUUGAAUACUUCAUUUAUGGUCUCGAAAACAAGAUUUACACUGCAAAGUAUCCCUCUGCAUGUAGUAUUUUGUAAUUGUAAACAUUUAAAUUCUUAUAAAGAAUGUGUUUGUAAUCGCUUACCAUUGGCAGUCCUUAAUGUACUUAACUUACAAUGUUAAUCUUUUGUUUAUUCGCAAUAAUUAGUCAGCAUGUAUAGUAGAAAUAACACAUGUAUGUAUUGAUAUAUAGUGAAGCAAUAGCCCUUAUAUAUUUUAAAAGCCUAUUUCAUUUGUAUGAUUAUAAUCUUACAUGAUCUUAAGCCUGGAUCAAAGCUGACACUGUUAUUUGCCUUGAUUGUCUGUCCAUUUCAUGUUGAAAGAUUGUUAUUGGAAUUGGAAUAUUCUUAUUUAAUGUAUUUUACAGAUACACCCCAUUCUUAAAAACACUAGUUUUUGCGCGUAGCUUUUGAUAACUUUAUCUGUAUGUAUUUACCUCCACACUAUGCAGUGAUUGUUUGUCCUAGGCUUGUUUCACAAUAUUCCAGACAGUGUACUGCAAAUGGAAGUGGCUAUAAAUAGAAGGGCCUAAAGCAUGUGUGUUGACCUUUUUUAAGGGACAAGGGGAACUGUUCAAAGACAGACAAAAAAAAUAUGCUCAGAUUAGAUCUGCUUUUACACCUUAUUGUAAAAAAUCUGUUGCUAACUGUAAAUUAUCUUUAGUUGGCUCAUUAUCUCAUAGCAGUGCAAGUAUUGUUUUUACCCUAUUUUUGGCAGAUUCAUCAAGCCUUAUGAUUUGUCAGAAAAACAAGUCACACCAACAACAACAUUUUGGAAAUACGAGUGUUGGUGACAGUGUUCCUGGCACUAGUAUGAUUGUGCCAUAGCAGAUGGAAGUCAAAAAUAACAAGGGAACAAAUUUGUGGUGGUCAAAACAGCCGUGGCCCACUGUAGCCUGGCAUCCUCAGGGGCUUUCACAUUCCUCCAUUUCCUGACAAGGGGAAAGUCCUGCCAUUGAAAUAAAUUGUUUCAGUUCUCCCUAA